UUUCUUUCUCAUUCUUAUCCAUUUUUAGGUUUCCUUCACUAUUCCUUCAUCUUUACAUUUUGGUACAAACCACCAUCUUUCCUUCACCACCAACCUUCCCAAAAUUCCAAAAUCUUUUCUCAUCUCCAUUUCCAAAAUCCAGAAAAAAAAAAAAAAAAAAACAGUAAUAACGUAUAGUUUCAUAUAUAAGCAAGCUAAAAAGAGAUCCAAACAAAAAAAGAGAGAGAGAGAGAGAGGGAAAAAAAAAAAAAAAAAGAAUGAGGAAACCUGCAGCUUCAGCUUCUUCAUCAUCAUCAGCUAAUUCCACAGCCAGCAAAAGCACUACAACACCUUGCUGCAGCAAAGUUGGGAUAAAGAGAGGACCAUGGACACCUGAAGAAGAUGAAAUCUUGGCCGACUUCGUUCGAAGAGAAGGCGAAGGACAGUGGCGAACGCUGCCAAAGAGGGCCGGUCUGCUUCGCUGCGGCAAGAGUUGUCGUCUCCGGUGGAUGAAUUAUCUCCGGCCUUCUGUCAAGAGAGGUCGUAUAGCUCCUGAUGAAGAAGAUCUAAUCCUUCGACUUCAUAGGUUGCUUGGUAACAGGUGGUCUUUGAUUGCUGGAAGAAUUCCAGGACGUACCGAUAACGAGAUCAAGAACUUCUGGAAUACCCACAUGAGCAAGAAGCUCAUCAACCAAGGAAUAGAUCCAAGAACCCACAAGCCAUUAAACCCUAUUUUCCCUGAACCUGUUCCGAAUAAUACUGCUGUUGCAUAUUCUAAUCCGAACCCAAACCCUAAACCUAACUCAUCGAAUCCUAAUCAUAGUUCUUCCGUUUCUUUCAAAACCGAAGGAAGCCAACCUGAAAUGGGUAAUCACAUAAGUAGGAUAAUAAACCCAGAUCUAUCUCAAAAUCUCGUAGCAGAUCAUGGCAGCAAGAAUAAUAUUGGCGGUGGUUUUGUUUCGAAGAAUAUGGAAUUCGAUAGCUGCGGCCAUGGCAAUGGAAAUGAUAAUAUAGGGAACUGUACUACUGUGAUUCAGAGCAAUAUUGAGGAUACCUUUUCUUCCUUCUUGGAUUCUUUGAUCAACGACGACAAUGGUGGGUUCGGGAAUAAUCAAGAACAAGUGCAGCCUAAUGUUGUUGCACCAUUUAUGCAUGAAUUGCCUCCUGCUACACCUUCAGUCAAUAUCAGUCAAGGAUGGGAUUAUGGUGGCUUAUGGGAGCAGAACUCAGAUAUGCAAUGGAUACUUUAGGUAAUUAAGAUCAUCAACAACAAAGCAACUAUAAUACUUAUAAUUGCAAUAUCUGAUCCUGAAAAAUAUAUCAAAUUCAAUUAAAAGGCUUGGUUAUCUUUCUUGUUUGGUCAUGAAUUGAACUUGCAUUAAGCACAAAAAAAAGCCUCAGAAAGAACGAGGAUUACAACUUGGGAGAGUCUCCCAGUUUGUCCAAAAACGAUCAGCUUUUCAAAGAUCAGCUGAAUGGUUUGGUUUUCUAAUAUUUAUGCAAUUGUAAUUUUAUAUAUAACUCAGUGUGUUUGGUGUACAAACUUGGCUAGAAAUGAGGCUUUUGAUCAUCCAUAUUGGUAAAUGUACUUUAAAACUCUUACAUUUUUUUAAAUUUAUUGUAUUAUUAUUGUUUUAAGAACAUUUUUUAACUGAUUACAUUGUGACUUUA